CUAAAUAGUUAGCAUGGCUUCCGAAUGACACCCAAUCUGACUGCAGUGCAGCAGCGGGAAGGAGCGAGCGGCCGGGUCCAUUUUAGCUAAAGAAGUGUUUCCUUACACCGAUUAACCUUCAUUUCUGACAAGAUGGGAACAAGAGACGACGAGUACGAUUACUUGUUUAAAGUGGUUCUAAUUGGAGACUCUGGUGUGGGGAAGAGUAACCUUUUGUCCCGUUUCACCCGCAAUGAGUUUAACCUGGAAAGCAAAAGCACCAUUGGAGUGGAGUUUGCUACUCGCAGUAUUCAGGUGGAUGGGAAGACUGUAAAAGCCCAGAUAUGGGACACGGCUGGGCAGGAACGCUACAGAGCCAUCACCUCAGCGUAUUACCGUGGUGCUGUGGGCGCUCUGCUGGUGUACGAUAUUGCCAAGCAUCUGACCUAUGAGAAUGUGGAACGCUGGCUGAAAGAGCUGAGGGACCAUGCAGACAGCAACAUUGUUAUCAUGCUGGUUGGCAACAAAAGUGACCUGCGCCAUCUCCGGGCCGUGCCCACCGAUGAGGCACGCGCAUUUGCAGAGAAGAAUGGGUUGUCUUUCUUGGAGACAUCAGCUUUGGAUUCUACCAAUGUGGAGACAGCCUUUCAGACCAUCCUGACUGAAAUCUACCGCAUCGUGUCCCAGAAACAGAUGUCGGACCGCCGGGACAACGACAUAUCACCCAGCAACAACGUGGUGUCCAUCCAGGUGCAGCCCACUGAGAAUAAGCCAAAAAUGCAGUGUUGCCAGAACAUCUAGCCUCGUCCAUGACCUCCUUUUCCUGCAAAGCCCACCUGCAGAAAAGCCCUCAUCCCUCCCUCUCGUCUCCUCUUCUCUUCUCUCCCCUUCCCCUCUUUUUCACCACCUCUUAAAGACUGCUUUGGUUCAGAGGCGCAGCUGCACGCUUGGGCUCGAGCACAGAAGCUGUGUUUCCAAACCUCAGAUCUCAAAAGGGUUACCACCUGUGCUCUGGACUAACAUCUUUUGUGUUUGUUUGUUUUUUUUUUCUCCCCUCUGCCAUGGUAGGCUUUUUUUUUUUGUUUAGCGCAAAAUUUUAAUAAUCAGUUGUGCUAAUCUUCACAUAAACGUCUUAAUAUAUUCUUUCAUUUGCGAACAGUGUGAGGUUUGUUCAUGUCAGUGUCUCGUGCAGCUGGUCCAUGUUUGUGACUGAGCCUGUCAUAAGGUUAGACAGUGGCAUUAAGGAGGUAUUAUUGUAUGCUGUGUUUAGAGAUUUCAGAUACUAAAUGUUAGGCGACUAUUAGGCUCCAGAGAUCGAGUUUCCCGACUUUAGCUAUGGCUGCGCGAAUGCAAAAGCUUAAAUUUUGCAUGUAAACUCAACUAUAAUCCGAGGAUCACUUCUGUUGUAUUUUUGACCAUAUUUGAGGGAAUAGCGUAACACGUUAGUCAUGAUCGUUGUGGCUCCUGUGGUCUGUAUUGUAGAAUAUGCUUGCAUGCUUAAUAUCAGCAUUCUAGAAAGAGGAGUGGGAAGAUGCUCUUUGAUACAGAGAGCCCCACAGACAUGACUCCUCACACUGACUGACAGACUCGUGCUGCUUUCCAUUCAUCUUGUGCAUUUCUUGUAGCGUAGUGGUUUUAGUGCCUUUCUCAGUGGAAUGUCACAUUAGGGAGCCUCCAAUUUUUGUGCAUGCGCUCACACCGUGGGCUUUUUCCUUCAGCUCAUCACGGCAGUGCUGUGAGGACUUUCACAUAACCACCUUCAGUGUUAAAAUGGUGGCAUUCCUCCAUUCUGACUGCUGCUUUUUUCUUUAUUGUAAUUUUGUUGCCUCUCAUGCCAACUACAUUUGGUUCUUUUAGCCAGGUUAUGCAGCAAGUUUCGAAUGUCAUUCGAUGCAUAAAUUGAGAAGGGGAAAGGAACAAAACCAACACAUUUGAGCUUUAGAAUUUGAUAGCAGUCAGGGUAGCUACCCAUUUUAACAGCAUUGCAACACCAUAAAUAAAAGAUUUGUGUAGAACUGUAAGUGGGGAACAGAGAUCUAAGAAUUAAACGGUGUCAAACUUUCCAUUCAUCGUACCACUCUCCUUAGUGAUGAGAAAGAAUAGCCAGACCACUGCACAUAAGACAUACCUGAUGAUUGUAGGCUGGAGCUUUUCUGUUUUUGCACCAAACACACUAUUUCUUUUCUGAUCUAACCCACACUACAGUUUAAUUCUUUAUUAUUUAUUCUAUAUUAGCCAACUGAUUUCUUGUUUUGUGCCUAUUAUGUAAGACUCCUGGAAUUUAAGUACAGUACAAUGUUUCUGAUCAAAAUAAAUUAAGACUGUAUAAUGUAUUGUAGCCCAGUAUAAUCAUGUUGUGAUUGUAAAAGCAAGCAUUCCUGUGAUUUCAGCAAAUGUUGGGGGGAGGGGGGAGCAUCAUAAACUGCAAAUCAUUUUUGCACCAUGGCUGCCUAAGGAAUUGUGUUGUGUGUGUACUGUAGAAAUGAUAGUGAGGACAAUAUGCAUGAUCUACUCUGUUCUAUCCAUUCUUAAAACCUUCUGUUAUGCUUAAGAGAACUCUUUCUAAAGCAAGGCACUCUGAGAUCCCUUUUGGAUUAGGCUGGAAACCGCUGUCCCAACUUGUAGUUAUAGCUGGUGUAAUAAUGCAGAAUUAUUAUAGAAAUUAUUAUUAGAAGUGUUUAGACUCUCUUGACAACUUUUCACAAAAUCAGUCAUAAUACACACAUUAUGAACAUUGCAAUAUGGCAGUCUAAAGCAGAAUAGAAUAGCUGUAAAGAAAAUUGUAUACCUGUCACGUUGGGCACUAUGUCUUAUUCUAUGCAUUGUGUGACUAAAUGCUAUUGGGCCUUCCUUCCAAAAUGGCCCUCGGGACCCUGAAACUAAUCAUGUAACUGACUGGUAGAUGGCUAAAGGGCAGUGCCAAUGAUGUAUGGGUACAGAUGGCACAGCUAUGCCCAACCUAAGCACUGCAACUAGUUGGUGUGUCUUAUGUUUAUCUGGAUAUCGAUGUUCUGUUAGUUCUCUUUCACAUAUUGCCUCAGAAAUAUUUGUUUUGUCUGUGCUGUACUGUGAUUUUUUUUUUUAUCAUUAUACUAUUACUCUCUCCACUGUAAUUCGAAUUUCAAAGUGAAAAAUAAAAAUUACGGUUACGUGA